AUUCCCUGCCCUAGCCUGGGGAUGAUGCUUCGUCCCAUGUUGCUCCCUUUCGACUACCGCGAAGAUGAGGAACCCAUGCUUUUGAUCGCUCUGCUUUUCUCUCUCUCUCUCUCUCCCUCACUCUGUCAAAGACAGGGACCAUCCCGAGGUUUCUCUAGUCAAAGCGUUACCGUUUACCCGACCCAUUCCCUUGUUUUGCUUGGGACCUUUUUUCCCCCCUUGGCCCUACGCACGGGCAGAGAGGCGGAGAGGGAGAGAGGGAGACACACACACACACACCCUCCCCGCUUUCGCUGCAUGGUGGUAUAAAACAUCAUCCCUUGAUACCAAAAAAAAAAAAAGAGACCACUCGGCGGAUCUCGGCGCGGCGGGGCGGACGACGAAAAGGAAG